AUGUCACACUUGGGUACUACAAAUUCUUCUCUAAAUGUUACAAAUUUGAGAGAGUUGGCGAGAAAGGAUCUUAAGAAUGUGCUUGAUUCUGUAUGGAAUCUUUUAAGUAAAUCUUUAAUGCUAAAAUGCUGUUCAGUAAAGGAGAGAAAAUCCGUGCGGGGAAAAAAAUGCUUAGUUUUGGAUCCUAAUAUAAGUGGGCCUUUGAGUCUUAUUGCAGAAUUUUCUCUGCUAAGGGAUCACGGUGUCGAAAAAAUGCAUUAUCUUCAACCAGGGCCACUUGAAACAGAUCUUCGAAGUUUGAUUUAUAUUUGCAGGCCACAAUUACAUUACAUGAAAUAUAUUGCUGAACAUAUCCAGCAUCACCAAAAUGAAUUCCUGGAUAAUCCACAUGCUCAAAAGUAUGAAUAUACCCUCUUUUUUGUUCCACGUCGAACGAUGAUCUGCGAAAAGAUUUUAGAAGAAGCUGGAAUAACUAUUAAUGAAUAUCACCUGGACUUAAUACCUUUCGAGGAUGAUUUAUUAUCCUUAGAAUUAGAUAAUACAUUUAAGGAACUUUAUCUGGAUGGAGAUUAUACUUCAAUUUAUUAUGUGGCGAGAGCGCUCAUGAAAUUGCAGUCAUCAUUUGGACUAUUUCCAAGAAUAAUAGGCAAGGGAGAUUGUGCCAAGCAACUUGCCGAUAUGCUCAUUCGCAUGCGACGCGAGGUUGCUGUAGAUGAUCCAUCUCCGUUAUCUAUCUCUCAAAGUGUAGAUUCGCUUAUAAUUAUCGACCGAUCAGUUGACCUCAUAACACCUUUAUGUACGCAAUUAACCUAUGAAGGAUUGAUAGAUGAAGUAUUUGGUAUUAAAACUUCACAUGUAGAAGUUGAUUCUUCGAUUGUAGGAGUUUCAUCUUCAGCAACGGCUACAAAUACUAGCACCCCUUCUCAGUCACAACCACCUAUUCAACCUCAGGCAAAAAAGAAAAAAAUUUCACUCAAUUCGGGUGAUAAAUUAUUUUCCCAAUUAAGAGAUAUGAAUUUUGCAGUCGUGGGUGGUGUUCUUAAUAGAGUUGCUAAAAGAAUAAAUGAGAAUUAUGAGGAAAGGCAUCAAGCUGUAACUGUAGCACAAAUCCGUGAAUUCACCAACAAAUUAGGAGGGUUACAGUUAGAACAUAACUCUUUAAGAAUUCAUACUGGUAUAGCUGAAGAGAUAAUGGCGUACACUGUUACACCCGAAUUCAACAGAGCUCUAGAAGUGCAACAAAAUUUGGUUGCUGGUAUAGAUGUUAAUACACAAAAUGAAUAUAUAGAGGAAAUGAUCAAUCGACAGGCACCAAUUACUCAAGUUUUACGAUUAUUAUGCUUACAAAGUCUUGUAAAUGGUGGACUGAAGCAAAAAUUUUUCGAAUUUUUCAAAAAAGAAAUACUACAGACUUACGGGUUCGAACACCUUCAAACGUUACUGAAUCUUGAACGUGUUAACAUGUUCUCUAAACAAUUGUCUACUCGCAAUCCAUAUGCUUAUAUUCGUAAAACUCUGCGGUUAAUUGUGGAUGAAGUUGAUGAACAAAAUCCUCAAGAUGUAGCAUAUGUAUAUUCUGGAUAUGCACCAUUAAGUGUACGUUUGAUUCAAUGUGCAACGACCAAGAGUGCACCAUCCUCUACUGGCAAUGGGUGGAAGGGAUAUGAGGAAGUGUUGAGAAUGUUGCCUGGUAAAACUUUUGAUGAAGUACAGAGACAAGAAGAAGGGGCUAUACGUCCUAAAAGGCAACAUCCACGCGUCACACUUGUAUUCUUUCUGGGUGGAUGUACAUAUACAGAAAUCUCAGCAAUACGCUUUUUAGCACAACAAGAUGAUGGUCAGCGAGAAUAUGUUAUUGCUACCACGCAAAUUAUCAAUGGAAACUCACUAUUGAAUCCACUAAUGCAGAAAAUGGACCAUUCUAUGGCUGCUGCUGGCGGAAAUUCGGCUGUCUUUUUAGCUGGUUCUUUGGGUAACUCUCUAGUAGGGAUGAGAAUCGAAUCUUUGAUAAUUGGUUUAAUC